AUGACUGUUGAAGACAAGAGUAGCGGUUUUAAAGUGAUUUGUGAUGAUAUAACAAAGUCAGAAGGGGAUGACAGGUCAUAUCGUGGACUAGUUUUACAAAAUGAUAUGAAAAUUCUCAUAGUUAGUGAUUCCAAUACUGAGAAGGCUGCUGCGUCAAUGGAUGUACAUAUAGGUAAUAAAAGGGUAUGGAAGUAUAGGCAGGGUCGGCCGGUCGGGCUUCCAGGGAUGUCAAAACAACUGGGGGACUUCCCCCUAACAGGGGAUUGUUGGUUUUAAACCUUAAUUUUAGCUACAUAAAAUUUCAUAGCAACUUUCAGGGUGCAUUCCUUGUAAACUCUACGCCGAAGAUAUGCCAAUAUUAAUUAUAGAUAGCAUUGUAAUUUGCCAAACUCACGCCAAAGAUCUUUGGCAUAUUGCACUUAAAAUUCACCCUGUUUACAACUUCCCAAAGCUUGAUUAUAAAUUUUGAAAUAUUUUUUAGAAAGUCUUGUUUGGAUCAAUCAAUAUGUUUUAUUUUCUGAAAUUUCAAAAAAUUAAACGGUUGUCUUUUAACCCUUUAAUUAAGUGGCAAUGCGCCCAGAUGUGCCCCACUUUGUUAUUUUACUCUGUCUAACGCCAGGUGAUUUUAUUCAUCAAGGGGAGAGUGCUGCCGCUCAAUGGGUUAAUCAGACCAUCUGCCCAUGCACCCUGUUAACCCUUUAAGUGGCAAUGUGCCCAGAUUAUGCCACUUUGUUAUUUUACUCCGUUUUACGCCAGGCGAUUUUACUCGUCAGGGGAGAGUGCUGCCACUCAAUGGGUUAACCUGUGGACAACUGUCUCCAUGGGCAUGCUCGGUUGUGCAUUGAACAAACUUUCCACAUUGGAUAUAUAAUUGUUCAAGUCAAUCACAAACCAAGUUUGUGCCCUUCCCGGAGUUGCUGCCCUUGUCACUCUGAACUAAGUUGCUAUAUUUACAGGCAAUUUUGCUUGCGACGAAAAGUGUUGGACAACUAAUUUGCUGUACAUAAAUUUAUAGGAAGCAUGUCAGAUCCAGAUGAUAUCCCAGGCUUGGCACAUUUCUGUGAACAUAUGGCUUUCCUUGGCACAAAAAAGGUUGUGUACCUUUAUCAAUGUACAGUUCUACCAAUCAAUCUAAUUAACAAAAUGUGAAUUAAUAAGUGCAUUAACUUAUUAAAUAAUGUUCAAGGUAAUUUGACUUUAUAUUUUCAUUUCUUUAGUUCCCUGAAGAAAAUAAAUUCACCCAGGUAGUGUUAUUAUGUCUGACUAGUCUGAGUAUUUUGAGCAUAUACCCAUAUUCAAGAACUACUGGAAAAUUUAAGCCCCCAGUGGGCUAAUAAAGGGAAUACUUCAUUGAGAGUUGUUUUCUUUUCUGUAGUUUCUUAGUGAAAACAGUGGUUCAUCAAAUGCAUUCACCUCCAACGAACACACAAAUUUCUAUUUUGAUGUAAAGCAUGACAGUCUGGAGUCCGCGCUUGAAAUGUGAGUAAAAGUAAAAAAAGGUUGCCCAACUUGCCCAGAGGGGGCCCCAAAAUGCUGGAAUUGCGGAACGUGUUACAUAUUAAGGAAUUUUCUGAAAAUUUGAGGUCAAAAAAGGUCUGAGAAUUUUACUGUAUUUUUAAGUCCCCAUUAUCCCAAACUAGUGUCUGUCCGUUGACCUCCCCUCCGGAAACGUUUUUUGAAGGGGGGCUCCGAUAGGAAGGGGGCACCCAAAUUCUUUAAUUCACCCCCCCCCCCCAACCACAUCCCGCCUGGCAUGGCCCUGAAUGUAGACUGCCAUAGGAUACCUACUGUACCGUAAUAUAGUUCAUCUUGGCUGCUUGUGACCCUGGCUCCUUCUGCGGAUGUCAACUUCUAGUUGUACCGGUAGCUUUUCGAUAUUGUCAGCAUACAUCAUUAGACAGUAUGAUAUAGAAUUAACAUGUAUUAUGCUUUUUGUUGAUUCAAUGACAAAUGCCAAGGAAAUCUGACUCUGCUGUUUGCUUUUGUUCACCAACAUAUAAUGUAAGUUAAUUAAUUGUCAGAUCUUGUCAAAAUUUGUUUUGUGCCCUUAAUUUUUUUCUUAUAGUUUUGCAGAGUUCUUUAUAAGUCCUUUGUUUAAUGAAAAUGCCAAGGAUAGAGAAGUUAAUGCAGUCAAUUCAGGUACACACAGAUUGUACGGUACUUGUCUUUGUAGAAAAUGAGAGAAGGUCCCAAUUUAUUAGAGUAACCCAGUAGUUUAGAUCUUUACUCAAUUUGGAUUUUUUGAGAACUUCAAGGUCAAAUAAUUUUUCAGCUUGCCCAUAACCACUCUGAGUAGCAUCAUCUAAUGUACAGUAUUUUACCUGCUUUCCAACCUCACAAUCACUAUGAAGUGUACUUUCCAUUGUGUAACCCUGUGGUUUCUUCACAUGCUCUAACUGAUAUUUUUAUGAAAAGCCAUCUGCAUCUCUAAACCAAACAAUUUACCGUACUGCUCGUUUUUUAGAAAAUGACAAAAAUCUGAAACACGAUUCGUGGCGCCUGGAACAAUUAAAUAGAUCAACUGUGGAUCCAUCUCAUCCAUUCAGAAAGUUUUGUACAGGUGGGUAUGUGGUCUGAUAAUUACCCUUAGCUAAGGGGUACAGGUACUAGUAGGAAGAAAAAGAGAAGGAAGGGGGGGGGGGGGAAUUGUUUUGUACAAUAAUUGCAUGUAUUUUUAUUAGGAAACAAAACAACUCUGGAAACGAGACCACGAGAGCUGGGAAUUGAUGUGCAGAAAGCACUGCUGGAGUUUCAUGAGAAAUAUUAUUCAGCAAAUAUAAUGUCAUUGACUCUUAUUGGUAAAGGUGAGACAUACUAAAAAUCAGUGGACUUUGACCCUUGUCAACCUGAAAAAGAUUAAAAAUACUUAAUAUACAUGUAUCCUUCUAGCUAACUCGAUCUCCUGACACAGGUCAAUGAAAUCAAUUUUUAUUUUGUAGAAUCUUUGAAUGAAUUAAUGGAUAUGGUCAAUAAUUUAUUUAGUCCUGUUAUAAACUGCAAUGCUACUGUUCCAUCAUUUGAAUAUCAUCCGUACAAACAAGAUCAGUUGCAGGUGCGCAAAUCCAUGCUCUGAAAUUGUAGGAAGUAUUUUAAUUUAAAAGAAAUAAUGUUGUCGUACUAAUUUUGUUGUAUUAUAGUUGUUGGUGUAUUGGGAUGGUGUUAUUGUUGUCACUGUUGCCUUUGUUGUUUUCGAUGUUGUUGAUGUGUAUGUUGCUGUUGUCAUUUUGUUGAGGUUGUUGUUGACUUAUUGUUGCAAUUGCUGCUGCAGCUGUUCAUUUGUUGUUGUUGUUGUUGUUGUUGUUGUUGUUGUUGUUGUUGUUGUUGUUGUUGUUGUUGUUGUUGCUGUUGCUGACAUUGUUUUGGCAGGUAGUAGUGGUGUUGGCUCUUAUUGUAACAGUUACAUAUGUUAUGAUGUUUUGUUAUUGUCGGUGUCUUUGUCACUGUUUUUGCAUGCAGUAGUUGUUUCUGUUGUUGACAUACAUGUACAGUAAUUGAAAGUUUGUGUAGCUUAUUAUUUCUAAUGAAUCUGUCUUACUGAUCGAAAGUUUCCCAAAUAAAUUCACGCGGUGUGCGUACAAGGAACUUGUUUUUUAAUUCCACUACAGGUUCGCUUUGAGGUCGUUCCUGUAAUGGAUACAAGAAAACUGAGGCUUAUCUUUCCUUUUCCUGAUAUGUCGUCUCGCUAUAAGGCUAAGGUAACGUUGCAUUCUAUUCGAUAUGAUCCUACUUUGCUUAAGAAGUAAAGUUAACGUUAUCACACUGAAUAUAUCUUUGAAUAUAUAUUAUUCUUAUUCGUUGUACAGGUAGUUCGUUCUGUGCAUUUUCAAACAUCGAGCCACGAUUCUCCGCCAUUACCUUCUCUUCUGAGCCAUAUCUUAUUCGUUUCACUCCAUGUCUUUCUUACCCCAAAUCCUUUACAUUUACCCUUUUCCCAUUCAAAUGAGUCGCUAUAGUUUUGUCACUUUUUAUUGGUAGAAGCAUGAAUCUUCAAUGAAAUUUCAAGGAGAACACAAUCUGUACAUUUUACCAUUUUUAGUUUUUCUCCUGAAAAGUCCAAAUAAUCCCAGCAGUACUCAACAGUCGAAUGACCUUUUUACUUUUCUUGAUACCUUCUCUAGCCAGAGCAGUAUAUAUCUCAUCUUAUUGGCCAUGAAGCAGACGGCAGUUUGUUGUCUUACUUAAAAGAGCAAGGUAUAAUCCUUUACUGUACGUACUACACUGGGGUAACUGUUGUCAAGAAUUUUCAGAAGCUAUUGGAUUAAAUUGGAAACAAUUCUGAACUGAAAUAUUAAGAUGUACUUAAUAUGUAACACGAGUCACGUAACAUGGGUCACGUGUAUUAUGUAGCAAUCCUUACUAUUAUAAUCCAAAAUAUAAAAUUUCUUCGUGUUGGUAGUUUGCCCAACAUAAUAGUCUGGCAUUUCGAUCACGAAGGGGAAGGUCUUCAGUUUUCAUCCUGCACCAACAACAAAGACACACGUUGGUGUGAUCGAUAUUUAAUAAAUUAUCGUUAAUAGUAAGACGUUUCUUUCCCACCACAGGAUGGGCCAAUGCUCUUGGCGCGGGAGCAAUGGAAGGAGCUAAAGGAUUUAUGUUUUUUAUUUGUGAUAUUGAGUUGACGGAAAGUGGACUGGGUAAGAGCAGUAAUGUUGAAGUCGAUUAGAGUUUUGUAUCUUGAUACAGGUGUUAGUAACUCUAUAUGCAUAUAUUAUUUUUGAUGUAUCGCUUUAUACCCCAUUGAUUUUUAGCAUCACUUCUAGACAUUUAAACUUUCAUACCAUUUUAAAUUGGUGGUCGAGUUGCAGAGUGGUUAUUGUAUGCGCUUUUUACUUGCAACGACCAGAGAUCAAUUUCUUCAAUAUUCAGUUUCUGAUUAUAAUUUCGCUCUUGUAAGAAGAGUUAUCCACUCAUUCCACUGUGGGUAAAGUUCGUGUUCCUUGUUUAUAGAUCAUGUUGAUGAUAUAAUUGCUAGUGUUUUUCAAUACUUAAAAAUGCUUCGUGAAAUCGAGCCUAAAGAUUGGAUAUUCAAAGAAGUACAGGUACGUGUUGCUUGCUGCCUUAUCAUUGACGGUUUUCGUGAAAUCCGCCAUUUGCAAUUUCUACAUGUAUCUCUUAUUGUGUUUUUUUUCAGGCAUUGGCUGCUAUGCAUUUCCGUUUCAAAGACAAAGAGAAACCAGUACAGCUUGUUACACGUGUUUCCAAAUAUUUGCAUGUAAGUAUAGAAGUUGCAAGUGUGGCUCAUUGCAUAGCAGGAUAUAUUUUUUUGUUUCUGGAUCCUAAGUUUUGGGGUCAAAGUUUUCUGCCGAAUUCAGUAAAUAUUCUUCGCAAUAAAAUAUUUUCUGUGCCUGUUAGCAUUCUGCAAUUCCCAAAUAUUUCUGCCAGCUAAGCCAGGUCUGAAAAUUUUCUGGGAUCUUAAGGCCCUGUCACACUAUUGCGUAUGAGAGAGAAACGUAUGAGAAGCGUAUGAAAAUUAAUGAAAUAAUUUUCAUACGCACAAAAAUCCUUUGAAAUGCCAGCGUAUGAGUACCGUACAUCUGGCGUACCUCUAGCGUAUUCAGCGUGUGCCUAGAGUAUGCUUAUCGUAUAAAGCAUACGUCCGAUACGCACAAAACUUUUGAACAUGCUUUAAAAAAAUUUGCUGCCUCGCCGUAUGCCACCGUAUGCGACCGUGCUUGAAACGUAUACAACCUAUGCCUAACGUAUCCCUGGCGUAUGUCAGCGUAUACCGGCGUAUGAGUGAUAUUUUCCAUACGCUGGCAUACGCUAGUACGAUACGCAAUAGUGUGACAGGGCCUUAAGAUGCCAGGAUCCACCAUUAUUUCCUGCUAUGGCCUAUUGAUCUCUAUGUGAACUGGAUCGAGGGUUUCGCCAUUUAAACUACUUUAUAUUCUUUUCAAGUUUGUUAUCUCUCAGCAACCAAGUAUAAUUUUAUACAUGUUUUUGCUUGUUACUCUGGUUUAAGUACAGUACGACCCAAUAUUUGUACAUACAGUAUCACUCUAGUGUUUGACAUUCUCGUUGGGAAUAGCUACCUUCAUCUCUAUGAUAAUUCAUAUUUAUAUACCGUGCUUCUAGGCAAAAUCUCUUGCCAUAAAACCUUGGAGUAAGAUCAUCACUGUUCAUGUUUAAUAAUAUUUAUUUUCACGGCAGCAUUAUGGUAUGAAUGACGUCUUGUCAGGAGCCUAUCUACUUUCUGAAAUUGAUAAAGAAACCGUCAAACAACUUUUGGAGUUACUUGUACCUGAAAAAUUACGGUACGAACCUAGUUGAACCGUUAAUAAUGAUGGUUAAGAGAGAUACAAUAAUACGAGAAGAAAUAGUAUAAGUUCAUCAGAGAACUUUACUACAAUAUUAAAUGCAUUUUUAGCCAAUCUGAGAUACCGGAUUUUCAAAAUUUUCUCGCGGAGCAUGCCCUCGCACUUUUAGAGUUGAUACUGUAAGUUUCGUCAUGAGUACUGUAUGUUAUGGCGUUCUUUUUCUUCUGUUUUAGUGUUUUCGUUGUAUCUAAGAAAUUUGAGGAAUCUGCCGACCAAACUGAGGAAUGGUAUGGUACUAAAUACAGCGUCAAGAAAAUACCAAGUGAUGUAGUUAAGGUAUGUCAGUAAUAUAAUUUUAACUUUUGAAAACCACUGCAGCUCAGGGGGCGGAUGUUCCAAUUAUUUUUUCGACCAAAGGCUUAGGGUAAAACGCGGAUGCGGACGGAUAGACGGCGGACGGACGGACAGACAAGAAGGUAAAAUGCGGACGGACGGACGGACGCCCUUCUUUUAAUUAGAUCUAGAGGCUAACUUUGACAAACUUGAAUGUAAUGAUCCGACAAAACACAACUUACUGUAAAAACUGAAAUAAAUUCGAAGAUGGUUCCCACUGUUACUCUGAGCAGGCGUGCAUGCAUACAGUAUUAAUUUCUUUAUUUUGCUGCAUGUUUAUCUUUGAUUUUAAGAAAUGGUGUGAUGUGGAGUUGAAUGAAGCGUUUAGAAUGCCUAAACCUAAUGAGUUUAUUGCAACUAAUUUUGAUAUAAAACCAAGGACCCAAGAGGUAAAAAUAUGUGCAAUACACCUUUCCGAAAGGUACGUCACCUUGGCUCUAGAGCCUCUAUAACCAGCGCGCUCGCUCAGCUUAGCCACUGAUCUAUACAAAAACACUGUAGUGUGCCUAUUUUUAGUUAUUUGCGCCUGGGUACGAGGCAAACCAAAGUGACGAACUUUCCGGAAGGGUGUAUUUCAAAAGUUUUAUAAAAAUGUCAACAUUUUAUUUUAGUGUGUUUUCAAUGUUUUCAAACUUUGCGUUUAGGGAAAGAAUGUACCCGAAAUUAUCAAGGUGCGUUUAGUUCGCUGAAUUGUCUUACAUGCAUGUAUCUCAGUUCUAAUUAAAAUUUGUGAACCUAUUAAGUAUUUGUAUUUUCUUUAUUUGAAUGCAUAGAACUGUCCUUUCAUGAAAGUGUGGUUUAAACAGGAUGACACGUUUUUUGUCCCAAAGUCGUGCGCUUAUUUUCAGAUAACAAGGUAAAAUUUCCAUGAAUCAAGAACUGUUACAAACUGAUGUUGUUCCCCAGUUGAUUUUCUGUAUUUUUUGGUCUGUGUUAUAUAUUUUCAUUUGAUAUUCUUCUGUAUUUCUUGGUCUGUAUUAGCUUAUAUAUUUUCAUUUGGUAUUUUAAUCACGUUCUUUAGUCCUUUGGCUUACCGAGAUCCACUACACUGCAAUAUGAAUCGACUGUUUGUCAUGCUACUAAAAGACUCUCUUACGGAGUACGCUUAUGAUGCGGAAUUGGCAGGCCUGAAUUACAAUGUCAACGUUAGCAUAUAUGGUAUAAAUGUAAGUAAAUGAAUGUCUUAGGGGUGGUGUGGCCGGUCGAAUACAUAUGAUGUAUGCCAUUGAGUCCUCUAUAUAUGUGCUUUGCGCUAAGAUGUCGUUAUCGGUAUAGACUGUGGGACAGCACAAAGGCAUUUGGAUUAAAAUUGUGCAUAAAGAGAUUUAAGUCGACUUUGCAUUUUUGUAAUCAGAAAAUUCAUUGUGAUUAUUUUUUUUUUUAAUUGUUUUUAGCUUUCCGUAGGCGGUUAUAACGACAAACAAGACACAUUCAUGCUCAAGAUUCUUCAAAGGAUGACUAACUUCGUCGUGGAUUCUCGGAGAUUUGAAAUACUGAAAGAAAAGGCGAGUCCAUGCAUCUUUAAAUAAUUUCACUCCUAAAUCGCUUACUGGGGAAAGGGGGAGGGAGGGACUAAAAUCCGUGUGUUCAAGGUAACCAACUCUCAUCGAAUCUACUUUAACGCUAUCCAUGCGAGAAUGUGCAUUGUUCGAGUCUAUACAGAAUCAUCCUUAUAGAGAAACAUUGGAAAUUUUUGACGUGUUUUGUGGGAAAUACUGGGGAAAGGGGGAGGGAGGGACUAAAAUCUGUGUGUUCAAGGUAACCAACUCUCAUCGAAUCUACUUUAACGCUAUCCAUGCGAGAAUGUGCAUUGUUCGAGUCUAUACAGAAUCAUCCUUAUAGAGAAACAUUGGAAAUUUUUGACGUGUUUUGUGGGAAAUACUGGGAAAGGGGGAGGGGGGGGGGACUAAAAUCCGUGUGUUCACAGGCCUUAAAAUAUCGGUCGGUCACGGACAUUGUCCGACCCAUUCGUGAAAUUGUCCGACGUAGAGAGGAAACCACCGGACAUUCUGUCCGACCUAAGUGAAACUGAGGUUUAUUGUUUGUCCGACCCGAGUGAAUUGGUGUCCGACCGAACUGUAGCUUUGUCCAACGUAAAUCAAAAUGUACCCUAGCCCACGACUAGAGGCUUGUAUGUUAAAUGGAAAAUCAGAGUACUAUUGUAUAAAAGGUGAACUGGAAAUGUUGUUUUAACGAAGUCGAGCGCGGGGCGGCGAGCGAAAUGGUGAAGUGGAAAACGGGCUUAAGUUGUCGAAGUCUUUUUUAACACUGCUGUUCUGGCAAACAAGUUAAUUUUGGCUUGGAAAUAAGUAUGAAAGAAACAAAUUAUUUAAUAUCUUCACAACAUUUACCGUUUAUUCAUUUGUGUCAUUCAGACUUAUUUCCGAGCCAAAACUGAACUGAAUGUCAUCGGACAUAUGUCCGAUCCAAACUCAACGUCACCGGACAUUUUGUCAGACGGCCCUGUAAAAGAUAUUUUAAGGCCUGAUGUUCAAGGUGAUCAACUCUCAUCGAAUCUACUUUAACGCUAUAUCCAUGAGAGAAUGUGCAUUGUUCGAGUCUAUACAGAAUCAUCCUUGUAGAGAAACAUUGGAAAAAAUUUUUAUGUGUUUUGUGGAAAAUACUGGGGGAGGGCGGGACUAAAGUCCGUGUGUUCAAGGUGACCAACUCUCAUAGACUCUCGUGCACUCUCAUAAACUCUCAUCAACUUUGAGCUGGUUCAAAUUUUGACGAGAGUUGACGAGGGUUUUCCCUGCGCGCGGUAAUAUCCCUACGCCACCAAAGAUAACCAUUGUAGAUAACCAUUGUAGAUUUGUAAGAAAUUAUCAUUGCCAGCCCGAAGUUCGGGACGUGUCCAUUAAUUUGAGCUGGAAGCCGCCAAUUUAUCUUCUUCUAUAGUUAAAUUUUAAAAAUUUUAGAGUUUUUAAACCAUUUUUUACAUAUGGUCUAAAUAUAUUUUUUGCUUUCCUUACUGUAGACAGAACGUACUUUACGUAAUUUCCGAGCCCAACAACCUCAUCAUCAUGCGAUAUAUUAUACUUCAUAUAUACUUGAGGAACUAGCCUGGUCCAAUGAUGAACUGCUUGAUGCAAUGACAGGUUAGUGUGAAACAGUGGUUUGAAAUAUUUAUGCUUGCCAAAUGGCCAUGACCUUCAAAUUAAUACGCUGUACAAACUACAACUCAAAAAUCGCACUCGAUAUAUGAACGUCACUUAAUAAACACAUUCGUGUUUAGGACAUGUAUCAAAAAGUUUUUUAUUUUGCAAGCUUUAUCACUUGAAUGUUACGGUCUUGGGCAAAAUUGUCAGUGACAUGUCAUUAAAAUUUCGACAUUUUAUCCACUGUGUGGUGUUACUCUGAGUGUAUAUAUAUCCACACCGGGCAGGCUUGAAAAAUAUGCCUGGCCACGGUGGGAAUCGAACCUACGAUCUUUGGAAUACUACUAUUCGCCUGAGUACAUUACACCAACACAGCAAAUAUUUUAUCCACUAUCCUCCAGCAGAUGGUAGUCAAUUUCAUCGAUAUCCCUUCUUUCUCAAAAUCAAAGGUUAAUUUACUAUCAUCUUAUAAAUAUACCUACAAUGUUUCUAUAUAGAUAUCACGGAGGAGGUAUUUAAGAAAUUUAUAGUGGAAUUGCUGAAACGUAUUCACAUCGAAGUGUUACUCCAUGGAAAUUUAACAAAAGAGGUUUGAACUAUAUAUGCUAGUAUGAUAAAUUUAAUAGCUGCAUGAGUUCCAAUGAAAUUCAACUGGAAAGGAAACACAGUUGUUAUUGGAAUGAGUAUAUGGUUCACUACACUGUAUCUAUUGGCGUGAAGAAUUGGAUUGAAGGCGAGUUUUUAGUCAUUUUAUAACUGCUCGAAAUAAUUUCGCGACUACUUAUCCAUGCGAGAAUGUGCAUUGUUCGAGUCCAUUACAGAACUAUCCUUAGAGAAAAAAGUUUUCAUUUCCAAACACUUCUGUUAUUUCAUGUAAACUUAUUAAUGUAAACUUUUGACGUGUUUUAUGGGAAAUACCUGUAACUGAAGUAUUUAUAACAUCGUCUGCUCGUUCCCAUACAUUUGAUCACCACAGCACUUAAUGAAACCUACAUUAACUGUAAAAACUAAUUAGUUAAAACAACCAAUUAAUUGGAGACAACCAAUUUGUUGGCUGUUUUAGCCAAUUAAUUAAUUUGUUUUUCCUAUUCUAGAGACUGAUUUGUUUUGAAAUUGAAAAAGAGCUUGUGAAAUUUUUGUGAACAUUGUUUGACAACUGAAUUUUAUUUUAGGAGGCCUUGGAUAUUGCAAGUAAAGCGGAGAGUGUGUUUCAACAAAAUUCAUGCAGCAAGCCAUUAGUACCCUCGCAGCUAACGAAACAUCGAGAAGUACAGUUGCCUGAUGGUAAGGAUAUCUCUUAAGCGGUUGCACGUGAGACAAAUUUGUGGGAUAGUUUAGUCAUGGUGCUGUAUUAUAAGAUAAUGAUAAAUAUUGUUAGUUCAUGCCUUGUUAAAGUGCAUGUUAUUUUGUUAUUAUUUAAUUUUGCAAUUUUGUCUUUAUAUAUAUUCAGGAGCAAAUUUACUUUUUGAAGUUGAAAAUGAAGUCCAUAAAAGCUGUUGCUUAGAAAUAUAUUAUCAGGUAAAAUUUUUUUUUUAAAUAUUCUUUUAUAAGUUAUUGAUAGAUAUAGAUUGAUUCAUAGUUGAGUUGGGUGGUCGAUUGAUUGAUAAGUAUAGGUAAUAGCAUGGUUUCGAGUGCAAUUUGGAUAUAACAUGCACGAGUGAGUUUUUCAAAGACCUCAAAAUAGCACGAGUCCGAAGGACGAGUGCUAUUUGAGGUCUUUGAAAAACUCACGAGUGCAUGUUUAUCCAAAUUUCACGAGAAACCAUGCUAUUACUUAUUAAUAAUUUACACUCGACUAUUUAAUUUUUGUUAGUCUUGUUUAAGGUAAAUGCUUUUCCAUUUAAAAAUAAAGAUAAAAGCCAUAUUUUCCACGCGAAGGCAACUUUUACUUUGUGUAGCGCGGCGCCAUGUUUGUUUUGUUUUGAAGCAAUCUGUGACCGUUACUUCUUUAAACUAAAUUGCUUUAAACUGAUUGGUUGAUUUAAUCACCGCAAUGUUUUUCCACCAAUCACAUCAGUUUGUUACAGAUUUUGCACUGUGAUUACAGAAAAUUGCACUGUGAUUACAAAAAAUUGCACUGUGAUUACAGAAAAUUGCACUGUGAUUACAGAAAAUUGCACUGCUGUUUGGGAUUAACUGCACUGAAAUCAACCAAUCACAGUCGAGUAAUAUCUUUAUGUAUAUUAUUAAUAGCCUUAUUGAUUCAUCGAUAAUUAACGUAGCUGAAUUUUUUACUCCAUGCAGUGAGCUCUAUAUAUCUGGAUCAAAAACGUCAGUCAUUUAGUCUAUGAGAAAAGCGAAACCUGCUGGUGGAAUUGACAUCCAAUAGCUAUGAAGAUUGUGAACAAUUUUAAAACCAUUUUGCCCAGCUAAGUCCAGUUUUUUCCAACGGAAUGUAUCGCUAAUCAAGUUAUUAUAGAUCAUAAAACCAUAGCGCUAUUCUUUGAAUCGAAGUCAAAAUACGAAAUUUCGGCCACUCCUUGCAGACCGCGCAGACAAGAUAGAAAGAGACUGAAACUGACUUCCAAUUCGCUCCAUUUUUUGCUUCACUUUUUUAACUCGAGUUCUCACUCCAGUUAUAUAUAGAGAGCUCACCGGUUUACUCCACUUGUUCCUUUCAGUGUGAACUACAGACUUUGGAAGGCAAUAUGCUUCUCGAGUUGUUCAGUAAAAUUAUAGCAGAGUCAUGCUUUGAUAUUUUACGUACUAAAGAACAAUUGGGUACGUAAGGUCACUUACUGUAUAGUCAUGUUAGACUUAUGAUUUGAUUUCUUAUUUUCCUGGGCUAUAAGCGUGUACCAUAAUGGACCAUUACGCAUUUUUCGAUGCUCUUUUGAGCGAUUGUAUACAUUAGUCAACAAUUAUCUCAUUCGUUUUGCUUAGGUUAUAUAGUUGUGAGUGGUGUUCGAAGAGCUAAUGGUGUACAGGUUCGUAAAAUUUUUUUCUAAUCAUUACUUUUUAUGGUGUUGGUGCAUGGUUGCGGUAUCUGAUUUUACCUUUGUGACCGUUUUAUUCUUGCAAUAUACAGUUGUCUGAUUUUAAUUUAUCUUCAUUCGCAUGUUAGACGAAUGUUGCCGGUUUGACUCUACAAAAACACUUAUUUUGUCUGAUUUCUUUUAGGGUUUAAGAUUCAUCAUCCAGUCAGACAAAGCGCCAAUGUAUUUGGAUGCGAGGGUAGAACAUUUUCUCAUUACUAUGCAGGUAAAUUUAAGCUCUUUGUAAAGCUGCUGCAGUGAAAACUGUCGUGAUGUCAUAACAGUUAGUACAUGUUGGAAUAUGCAAUAGACCUUAUGCAAUAGCCGGCGAGGAAUGCUGGUCUUAGUAGUCAUCGCCCGGGAAAAUUAAACAAUUCAAAAUGGCGAAUAUCGAAAUUUCCCCGGGUGAUGACUACUAAGACCAGCAUUCCUCGAGGGCAUCAAGUCUUGUGACGUCAUUAUGCAUAAGGUCUGUUGUAUGUUUAUCUCAGUCGCAUGAGAGAAAAUGCUUCCAGUUUGAUUCUAGUACAUUUCAACUCCACCAAUACUGUAAGAGAUGGCCCUACUUGGUGAACCUUAAGUUUAAAAAUAACAGAGUUGCUAUAAUAGAGUCUUAUUAAAGUUAGUUCAGUGCAGUUAAACUAUUGUGACAUUCAUUUUUCUCAGGAAAAGUUAACUGAAAUGGAAAAUGAUGAGUUAGAAAAGUAUAAGGAAUCUCUGGCAGUUCAGCGUUUGGAGAAACCUAAGAAGUUGUCAGCAGAGUGCGCACGUUAUUGGUCAGAAAUUACGUCACAACAAUAUAACUUUGAGAGAGGUACAUGCAUGGAAACACUUCCUGAAUUUUCCUGGGUUGCGGAAUAGGUUACAUUUAAGUCAGUUGUCAGCCUCGAUCUUGCAUCAUUGUCUCAUGUGUACUCGAGCAAAUUUGGAACAUUCAUAUAUCAUUUUUCUUGCAUGGGAUUAAAGAUCAUAUAAUUAUUUAACGUUUUUAGAUACAACUGAAGUUGCUUUCUUACGAACUAUAGCUAAACAACAAAUCCUAGAUUUUUUCCAGGUACGGUACGAAAAUAAUGUCAUUGACAUUGUAUAGCUAGCCGUUGUUGUAGGCCUAGGAAAACUUCUUCCUGCGAGCGAAACGACGGAAUCUUCUACUCUUUGUUCAGGCUGAUGAGAUUCAACAAUAACGCAUGAAUUUGCACAAUUCACACAUAUCUUUUUUCUGUGUAGAAAUUAAUUUCACACUCAGCGGAAAGGAGGCACAAGUUAUCAGUUCACGUUUUACCACAGAAUGACGGUGAGAACGUAUAUAUUGAUUACUGUUUAGUUUCAAAGGAUAAUUUAGUGUAAGUUUACCAACAGUGAACGCUUUAUUAAGUCCGUCGUGAGCAAGUCCUGAUCUGAAGUACUCUGAAUCUAUCUAUAUCUAGUUGUCUUUUAUGUGUUUUAUACAAGUCAGUCUUUACUGAUUGUAAAUUUAUAUCGACACGAAAAUUACGACUAAGUGGAAACCAGGUUUGCACCUCCCCGCCAGUCCCUCGCUGCAUCAUAAUAAGGACACGCAAUAGAGGUCGGUAUGCAACUUCCAAAUUUCGUGAACGGUGGAACUAAAGCAAAACGAACGAACGCUAAAAACUAAACAUCCAGUAAGAGCCACGAUUUAUUGAUCCAGUGUCACAUUGCGAGUGUUGAUCUGGCCAUUGCUUUGGCCAACAUAUAUUUUGGUAGCGUAAAGAAACUUUGUCCUAGCCUUGGCUUGACCUAGGCCAGAAAAUAUGUGUCCACUUCGCGAUCGUCGAAUACAAUAAACCUAAAGGACCAGUUAACAGGAUUUUGUAAAUCUCUUUUUGCCAUGUACAUACUGUAUAAAGAGCUUGUGCUUAACGCACAAGAAUUUGUGGUUAAUGGCAAUGCUCACGUGGACUCUGCACGUAGUUCAAGGGUCAGAGCGCUGCACCGGAAUCGCAGGACUGCAGGUUUGAUUCACCUAUUUUUCUCAGCGGUUCCCGGUCAGAUCUAAAAUUGCGUGUAAAUUUCCGCUUGAAAUUCCAUCCACAUUGUAAAGCUGCAGUAUGUUCAAAAUUAUAAAACAUGUCAUUGUAGAAACAACUGAUAACGAAAAAACACUGCAAGCAGAGGUCUUGGAAAGUAUACCAGACCAGGACGAAAAAAUUGAUAAUUUAUUGAACGAAGCCAACAUGACAAAACUCCCGGUAAGAAACAUAAUUAUUAAAUUUACCCCUAACGCAUAAAUAGGCCAAAAAAGAAUUAUAACGCUCGAUUUUCGUACGUGAGUUUAUGGGAUGCAGUAACCUAUUUCAUCUUUUCUUCUUAGCCAAUGAGAAAAAUUGUGGAUGUGACUAGCUUAAAAAGUGGUUUACCUCUGUUUCCGCGAGUCAGACCUAUGGUGAUCGUUGAACCGUCAAAUAAAUCAAAGUUAUGA